CAGCUUGCAACAAAUUUCUUGGUUUCUACCAAAAGGUAAAGUUAUCUUUUAGUGGUAGAAUUUACCUUUUAUAAAAGCUGUUUAUCUUUUUUUUAAGCAAGGAAAAGAUUCAAUGAUCCCACAAUUUAACCAGGACGAAAACCAGAAUGUUGACACAGCUCAACAACAAGCCUUGAAGCAUUAUAUAGCCAAACCAAGAGCGCUAGAGGAUGAAGACGAGGGUGAUUUAAACCCAGGAAUUUCUAGUCUAGAUACUCCGUAUUUUGAUUAUGCCUUUGAGCGUUCUUUAAGACAGCAAGAUGCCAAGUACUUGGCUAUGAAUAGCUCUCAAGGGAACCGGGGAAGUUUCUCAAGUUCCCAACCUUCUCGUAGACAGACAAACGAGCUGGAUCCCGCUCAAGUCAACCAGGAUAUAAAAAAUUCGAAGACUGGUCCUGAUAGCUCAAAAUUACUAAACCCCAAGCUGCAGGAAAAAGUCAAUAAUAUUCAUAUGCCCCAUGUCCAACAAGGAAACGAUGCUUUUGUUUCCAAUACCGGAGGUCCUGAGCAAGACCCCGGCAACAUGGAAACAAAUGAUCCCUUAUUUUCAGACGAACUGGCUGAAAUAUACAUGUCCAUUCACAAAUGCAUGGACAUGCGUCACAAAUACAUUCGCAUUAGUUUACAAGGAGAGUUAGAUAACCCAAGAGACGACGAGUCUUGGAAUAUAUAUCCCUCUGCAAAAGAAGGUGAAGAGGAAGAAGAAUUUUGUUUUGAAAAAUGCGAGAUCCCAGGAAUAGCCAACGAGAUGAUGUUUCAUCUCGACCACCAGGGUAUUUAUCAGGUUUACGAAAAUGAAAGUGCCUAUUUGGCCAGUACCCCUUCCUUUCAUGUGCCAACCAUUCGCGAUUAUUACAUGGAUUUAGAUUUCCUUCUUUCAGCAUCCUCUGAUGGUCCCAGCAAAUCUUUCUCGUUUCGAAGAUUACAAUACUUAGAGGGGCGUUGGAAUAUGUACAUUCUCCUGAAUGAGUACCAGGAACUUGCGGACUCUAAGAAGGUGCCUCAUCGUGAUUUUUACAAUGUUCGUAAGGUGGACACACACGUUCAUCACUCUGCCCUUGCCAAUCAAAAGCACUUGUUGCGUUUCAUCAAGGCUAAACUUCGCAAAUCCCCCGACGAAAAGGUUAUCUGGCGUGAUGGAAAGUUCUUAACCUUACAGGAGGUAUUUAACUCGCUAAAAUUAACUUCCUAUGAUUUGAGUAUUGACACUCUUGAUAUGCAUGCUCACGCAGAUACCUUUCAUCGAUUUGACAAAUUCAAUUUAAAAUACAAUCCAAUUGGCGAAUCGCGUUUGCGUACUAUUUUCUUAAAAACCGAUAAUGAUAUUGAAGGUCGUUAUCUUGCUGAACUGACAAAGGAAGUUUUUACUGAUCUUUGUACUCAGAAAUACCAAAUGGCAGAAUACCGUAUUUCCAUUUAUGGACGCAACAAGAAUGAAUGGGAUAGGCUUGCGGCUUGGAUCAUCGAUAAUAAACUCUACAGCGCUAAUGUGAGAUGGUUAAUCCAAGUUCCUCGCUUAUACGAUAUUUACAAAAAAUCUGGUAUUGUACACAACUUUGAGGAGGUUGUCAGAAACAUUUUCGAGCCUCUUUUUGAAGUUACCAAAGACCCAUCUAGUCAUCCUAAGCUGCAUGUUUUCCUGCAGCGAGUAGUCGGGUUCGAUUCUGUGGACGAUGAAAGUAAACCUGAACGUAGAACUUACCGCAAAUUCCCAUUCCCAGCUCACUGGAAUAUCGGGUUGAAUCCUCCUUACAGCUACUGGUUAUAUUAUAUGUACGCAAAUAUGACAAGUUUAAACGUUUGGAGAAAAAUGAGGGGCUUCAAUACAUUUGUUUUACGUCCUCACUGCGGUGAAGCAGGAGAUACCGACCAUUUGGCAAGUGCAUUUUUGCUUAGCCAAGGUAUCGCUCAUGGGAUUUUGUUACGAAAAGUUCCAUUUUUGCAGUACCUUUGGUAUUUGGAUCAGAUUCCAAUUGCUAUGUCUCCUCUUUCCAAUAAUGCUCUAUUUUUGGCGUAUGAUAAAAACCCUUUUAUCUCUUAUUUCAAACGCGGUUUAAACGUUAGUCUUUCGACAGAUGAUCCACUUCAAUUCGCCUUUACGAGAGAGCCCUUGAUUGAGGAGUAUGCGGUAGCAGCUCAAAUUUACAAGCUUUCUAACGUCGACAUGUGCGAAUUAGCAAGAAAUAGUGUUUUGCAAUCCGGAUUUGAGCGUCAAAUUAAAAGUCGAUGGUUAGGUCCUGAUAAGCAGGACAUUGAUCACACAAAUGUUCCUAUAAUUCGUCUCUCAUAUCGCGCUUUGACGCUGAGUCAAGAGAUUAAUCUUAUUAAUAAGCAUGUUCAACCUACUCCUGUUACAUCUCACCAUGACUUGGGGGAUCUAAUUAGAAAAUACGAUAAGCUUACUGCCUCUGAACAACUUUCGAGUUCCCCAAACACAAACGAAGCAACGAUCGCCAGUAAAAAGUCUGCACAUGAAGGACCGGACCAUGGAGCUUUCUUUCCUGGGUUGAGCGUUAUUUCGGAGCGUCGUCGAAGGAAGGAAAGUACGACGAGUGCUAGUCCAGACAUGAAAGAUUAAAAGUGGAAUUUAAUGGUGUAAUUAUGUGAAUUAUAUAUAAUUUUUUGUGGACUCUUAAUACAGUUACUAAUAAUAAAUAAAGGUUUCAACAUGAAAAUGGUUAUUGGGUUUGUUUUUUAAAAACCGCAUCUUUUGUGAAACAUGUUUUGACUUUGUAGUU